CCGUACUCAAUCCUCCAUUCCCACAAUACAAGCAGCCCAUUCCUCUGUCUGCCAAGUUCCGUUUCUCUCAACCAAAAUGGAAACCACAGAUCUAAUUCCCAGUCGGACGGACGAUAACGAAUCUCAUCCCACGGCCCGGAGAAUCCAACGGCUCUCCUUGCACCUCACCCCAGCGCCACGCCCGCUCGACCGCACCGACGCGCAGCUCCAGGCGCUGACGUGUGCCUCCCGGGCCGCGAAGCUCAAUGUGGACACCAAGUCCUUGAUAGUUUGCAUGAGAGGGAAGCACAGGGAUGUCCAGGAAAAGGUGUUCGAGUUCUUCAACGCUCGGCCGGAGCUUCAGACCCCCGUGGAGAUCUCUAAGGACGACCACCGCGAGCUCUGCAUGAGGCAGCUUCUUGCGCUGGUCAGGGAGGCCGGGAUUAGGCCCUUCGGGUACGUGGCUGAGGACCCGGCUAAGUACUUUGCCAUCUUGGAGGCCGUGGGAAGCGUGGACAUGUCGCUUGGGAUCAAGAUGGGGGUGCAGUACAGUCUUUGGGGAGGUGCUGUGCUCAAUUUAGGAACUAAGAAACACAAGGAUAAGUACUAUGAUGGUAUUGACAAUUUGGAAUAUCCGGGUUGUUUUGCUAUGACAGAACUUCAUCAUGGUUCAAAUGUUCAAGGCAUUCAAACGGUUGCUACAUUUGAUCCAAUUACAGACGAAUUUAUAAUUGACACACCCAAUGAUGGGGCCAUCAAAUGGUGGAUUGGUAAUGCUGCAGUUCAUGGCAAGUUUGCCAGUGUCUUUGCUAAGCUGAUGUUGCCAACUCAUGACACAAAAGGAGUUUCUGACAUGGGAGUUCAUGCCUUCAUUGUUCCAAUAAGGGAUUUUAAGACCCAUGAAACACUUCCAGGGAUUGAAAUUCAUGAUUGUGGCCAUAAAAUAGGCCUGAAUGGAGUGGAUAAUGGAGCGUUGAGAUUCCGUUCAGUAAGAAUUCCUCGAGAUAAUCUUCUUAAUCGUUUUGGAGAUGUCUCCCGCGAUGGGAAAUAUACAAGUAGCCUCCCAUCCAUAAAUAAAAGAUUUGCUGCAACGCUAGGGGAACUUGUAGGUGGGAGGGUGGGCCUUGCAUAUUCUUCAGUUAGUGUCCUCAAGGUAGCUGCUACAAUUGCCAUCCGAUAUUCAUUAUUGCGCCAGCAGUUUGGGCCUCCCAAGCAACCUGAAGUCAGUAUUCUUGAUUACCAGUCUCAACAGCAUAAGCUCAUGCCAAUGCUGGCUUCGACUUAUGCAUUCCACUUUGCCACUCUGCAUUUGGUGGAGAAAUAUUCAGAGAUGAAGAAGUCUCAUGAUGAACAAUUAGUUGGAGACGUCCAUGCACUUUCGGCAGGCCUCAAGGCUUAUGUGACAUCUUAUACAGCAAAGUCACUGAGCACCUGCAGGGAAUCUUGUGGAGGUCAUGGAUAUGCUGCUGUGAACCGAUUUGGUAUCUUAAGGAAUGAUCAUGACAUUUUUCAGACAUUUGAAGGUGACAACACAGUGCUGCUACAACAGGUAGCAGGUGAUCUCUUGAAGCAAUACAAGGAGAAGUUCCGUGGUGGAACACUUGCAGUUACAUGGAACUACUUAAGAGAAUCCAUGAAUACUUAUCUGUCUCAGCCAAAUCCAGUAACCGCUAGGUGGGAAAGUGAAGAUCAUUUGCGAGAUCCCAAGUUCCAGUUGGAUGCCUUCAGAUACCGAACAUCUCGGUUGCUUCAAAGUGUUGCUGUGAGACUAAACAAGCACUCUAAAACUCUUGGUAGCUUUGGUGCUUGGAAUAGAUGCUUGAAUCACCUUUUGACACUUGCCGAGUCCCAUAUUGAAUCUGUCAUCCUUGAAAAGUUGAUUGAAAAUGUAAAGAGCUGCCCCGAUGCGAGUUCUCGAGCUGCUCUGAAACUUGUCUGUGAUCUUUAUGCCUUGGAUCGAAUCUGGAAUGACAUAGGAACCUACCGUAAUGUUGACUAUGUGGCACCAAACAAGGCUAAGGCAAUCCACAAGCUCACAGAAUACUUGAGUUUCCAAGUGAGGAACAUUGCAGGGGAACUUGUAGACUCAUUUGAUCUUCCUGAUUAUGUUACACGGGCCCCUAUUGCCAUGCAGUCAGAAGCUUACUCACAGUACACGCAGUAUGUGGGAUUCUAAUACCUAAAUAAAGCAAAUACCAGCAUAACAUACAAAUGAAAGAGUUGCUAAUACUGAAGAAGUAGAAAAGGGGAUGAAGAGGAUUUAUUAGUGUUUUUAUUCCCUUAUAUAUGGUUCCUGAUAAGAAAGCAAGUUGCAUAGGUCAAGGGCGAUUGUGGCCUUCAAACCCAGGUUGGCAUUUCAUGGGUUUGGAAAGAAUAAUAUGUUGAAAGUUGAAAACAAUACAUUAUACACGAUUGUGUGAACGUUUAUCAAUUACCAAAUUUAUUCAAAAUGCAAAUAUCGCUUGGUCUUC